AUGGUUUCGCUCUACCAAGGUGGCAUCAUCAUUUUUUUAGCGCUUUGGCUUUUCGAAACAGACUUCAUCCACAUCGUGGCAAUCUCGUUUUCUGCAUUACUUUUUAACGAGCUACUGAUGGUGGCUCUGCAGCUCAACGAAUGGAAUCGGUUCAUGAUACUUUCAGAAAUCUUUUCCGUGCUUUGCUAUGUGGCCACCGUGCAUGCGCUGAGCGGCCAUUUUGAUCCUCUGUUCAUUUCAUCGCCGACGUUUCUAUGGAAGGUCUCAUUCAUCACCGUGGUGUCCUUCCUGCCGUUGCUGCUGAUAAAGGUAGUGCAGCGCGUCGUCUCGCCACCAAACUACGCCAAGCUUUCAUAG